AUGGCAGCCUCCACCCGCGCACAAGUGUUAGACCUGUACCGGGCGAUGCUGAGAGAGAGCAAGCACUUCAGCGCCUACAAUUACAGAACUUAUGCUGUCAGGAGGAUAAGAGAUGCCUUCAGAGAAAAUAAGAACGUAAAGGAUCCUGUAGAAAUUCAAACCCUAGUGAAUAAAGCCAAAAGAGACCUUGAAAUAAUUCGUCGACAGGUCCACAUUGGCCAACUGUAUUCGACUGACAAGCUUAUCAUUGAGACUCAAGAGAAGGCCAGGACCUAGGGAGCCGGGACCAGCCACCACUGGCAGCCAUGGACCACCUUCAGCAUCCAUUCUGUGCUUGGGACGGGGGCUCCCAACAGACCACGAAUGGCUUCUUCCAUCAGCUUAAAAUAGCCUCUUGCUCUACCUGCCCUGUAAGAGCUGAUAAACUGAGUGAGGUUUCCAUUCUUCUGCAGCCUUGGUGGAAAAGGAUAGCUGUCUCUCCUUCAUUCAAGUGUUAGAAUGAGGAGCUGGAGUUCACUCACAAUAAUGCUGUGUAUUAUUGUGUCUCCUCUCCACCCCACCCCUCUUUUGUAGCUCGUCACCACUUAUAUAGAGCAUUUCCAGACUGUCUUUUUUGGUCCUUGACAAUAAACAGAAUUGUCUCCCUCAACCUUCUA